AUGUCACCUGUGCAAACAAGAGAGACGUGUGGGAUUUUCGCGGGCCCGCCAAGAAGAGGCGGGAGAUUCGAAAGGACCCGACGGGAAGGGGCCGUAGCCCGAAGGAGGGGGUCGCCGACUAUUUUUACUUUUAACUCGGCCGCCUCGGCGGUACACUUUCCAAAAGUGAACACGCUAACAGCCCGCUCUCGAACUCCAUUUCGUCCCAGACGUUCCGGACGAUCUCGAAGAGCACGAGGUCUCCAACACCAGGAGGAACACACCAAGAGGUCAACUAUGCAAGAUCCUAAAGGUUACUACUCACUAGAACAAACAUUUAGUGAACAUCUCCGUCUACUUACAUAA